GCCUUUUGCUUUCUCCCAAGCACUUGUCUUCAUCACCUCCAACACUUGUUCAUUAGUGUUAAAUUUCAUUUUACCUGCCCUUCAUGCCUUCCUUAUCUCUCUGUCCAUAACUUGUCUCAAAUAGUUACCUUUCUUUCCUAAUUUAAAUCCCACUUUAUCCCCUGCAUUCCACUUUCUUUCAUAGACAAUCAAAGUCUUAAGUUUUCCGGGAAAAAAAAAUAAAAAAUUCUUAGCUUUCAUCAUCCUAUUUCUCCUAUCUUGUUCAUUCUACAUUUACUUUCUGACAAUGUCUAGCAGGAGAUCUCAGUCGAGGCAGUCAGGAGUUUCCAGGAUAACUGAAGAUCAGAUCGCCGAUCUUGUGUCCAAAUUGCAACAACUUAUUCCUGAGGUCCGCAAUAGGCAUUCAGAAAAGGUUUCAGCCUCAAAGGUGUUGCAAGAGACAUGUAACUACAUUAAGAACUUACACAGAGAAGUGGAUGACCUGAGCGAUCGAUUAUCGCAGCUUUUGGAAUCGACAGACAGUGACAGUGCUCAAGCAGCCAUAAUUAGGAGCUUACUAAUGUGAACUUAGAGCUUUGAUGCUUGUACUUUCUGGGUUGUUAAUGUCUAGGGUUUGGUUACUACAUUAUAUAGCCCACCUUAGGAGUUUAACUAGUUUAAGCUCCAUUGUCUCCUCUGUGUAUUAAUAUUACGUCAUAGACUUGCCUUUGCUAAGUCAAAUAUAAGAAUAUAAUAAAAGGGAUUGAAGAUAUAUUAUCUAUUUUCAGUUCCAAACUUAUGAUA